AAUGCCACCUUGUACCUCUAAUUCGCCAAGUCACAAUCAUCUACGUGAAAGAAGUCUAAUAGGAAUUGAUGGAUAUUGGUACGAUGUUACAGAUUUUGUGAGUAGGCAUCCAGGUGGCCAGGUGAUUGAACAUUUCAUAGGAAAAGAUGCUAGUGAGGUCUUUCAUUCAUGGGGUCAUAAGAACGUACUAAAACAUAGGAAACCUGUCGGUAGUUACACUAAAAAAGCUAAGCAUCCUGCCGACGAGGAAUUUAGGAAAUUAGAUAUGUUUUUUCAAGAAAAUGGUUUUUACGAUACCGAUUGGUCUUUUUACAAACGAAAAAUUGCUGUGAUAUUUUUAUUAUGGAUUACGACUUUCUUACUUGUUGAAUGUGAGCAUAAAAUGUUUAAAUAUUCAGCUGGAAUAACGCUUUGCGCUUUUUGGCAACAAUGUGGUUUUAUGAUGCAUGAUUUGAUGCAUACCCAAUUUUUUAGAACUUUAAACUCGGAUAGAAUUGCCGGAACCAUAUUUGGUACUAUUGGGUUUGGUAUUAGUGCCCAUUGGUGGCAAGAUGAGCAUCGACUUCAUCAUGCCCUAGUAAAUACAGCUAAUCCAAAAACUGGUUUCGCUGAUCCCCAAAUGAUUGAGGAAGUUUGGGCUCAAAAUGAAAAACUAUUCUCUUUCUUUAGCAAACCCCUUCAAAAAUACGCUAUUUCUAUACAACAUUUUACAUUUAUUCCUUUGGUUGCUCUGGCUGGAAGGUUUGCCAUUAUUCGUGACUCGUACUCGUGUGAGAAACGACUUUACGAAUGGAUCGCUAUUAUUUUACAUUGGGCUUGGAUAGCUCUACUACUUUCUCGUAUGGAUACUUGGACGGACAAAUUUAUCGUUUAUGGUCUCUCUUCUCUUUUGGAAGGAAUUCUACAUAUACAGUUAGUAGUGAGUCAUUACGCCAAGCCUUGGCAAUACGAAGAUCAAUAUCAUGAUCGAAGCUGGUACACCAUUCAAGUUGAAUCCAAUUUAAAUAUCUCUUGUCCAGUUUGGUUAGAUUGGUUUCACGGAGGUAAGAAAUUCUUUAAUAUAUAUAGAUAUAAAUAA